AGGAGCCGGCAAGCCAGAGCAGAAUUUCAAGACUGGCCAACCGAUUGAGUUGAGGUACCACCUUUCCCGUUUUUUAAAAAAAUGGAACCUUUGUCGUUCAGCGUGAAAAAUCCAGAGGCCUCCAAUGAUGGUUCGGUUGAUUUCCGCCUUCAGCUGAUCGGUUCCUUGCCUGUCCAUUCUUUAACCACGAUGCCCAUGCUUCCUUGGAUCGUGGCCCAGAUCCGACAGCUCAGCAUUCAGCCGCCGAAGGAAGACCUUGACGCUAGCCGAAUUCGGAUCUACGUCUCACCCGCCAGGAUACGGUGUGAAGCGGACUCGGGGAAAAAUCAGCAGUGGGAUCCUUUGAUUUGUUCCAGCCUCUUUGAGUGUCGGCCUCAAGAUGUCCACAAACUGAUACACAACAGCCACGAUCCUAGUUACUUCGCCUGCCUGAUCAGAGACGGCGCCCCACAUCAGCCGAGUAUCUGCUACGUUUUCAAAGCCGACGAUCAAACCAAGGUCCCUGAGAUUAUCAGUACCAUCAGACAAGCAGGGAAGAUCUCCCGUCAGGACGACUUUCAGAGUCCAUCUGAAGAUCCCUUCAGCAAGAAGUUUGAGGUGCUGUUUUGCGGCCGGGUGACGGUCGCACACAAAAAUGCCCCUCCGGCCCUCAUCGAUGAAUGCAUCGAGAAAUUCAACGAUGUGAGUUAUACCAAAAACCUGGACGGGUCCCGUCAAAAUGACAGCGCCAGUGGAUUUUCCAUCAGUGACAAAUUCCGCUCGGUCUUCCAACCUUCGGCGAGCGAAGAAGAUUCCGAUAAACCCUUGAGGAAGUCUCACUCUCAGCCUGGACUCCCUUCUUUGGCGUUGAAAAAGGAUUUGCAUACCUGGAGCCGGAAGAGCAACAGCCUGGCCAGAUCCUUGGAUGAAGAUGACGCCGUUUCACUCAACUUAAAAAGUCAAUUUAUCCAGGGGCAAAACAUACAGCCGACAGAUAUUGCUGGGAACCGGAUUAUGUUGUUCACGAUUGGGCAGUCCGAAGUUUACAUCAUAAGUCCCGAAACCAAAAAAGUAGUUAUUGAGAAAAGCUUUAAAGAAAUUUCCUUUUGCUCCCAGGGAAUCCGUCAUGUGGAUCACUUCGGAUUCAUCUGCAGAGAGCCUUCCAAGAACAGAGGCUUCCAUUUUGUGUGUUACGUAUUUCAGUGUACAGAUGAAGCCCUGGUGGAUGAGAUUAUGAUGACCUUGAAACAGGCAUUCAGUGUGGCGGCCAUCCAGCAAAAUUUCAAAUCCCAGCUGCAAUUCUGCGAUGGGUGUCCUAUGCAAAUUCUUCAUAAACUCUGUGAAAAAAUAGAAGGGACGCAUCCUUCUAAAACUAAGUUGGAACUGCAGAAACAUUUAACAGCACUAAAUAACCAGGAGCAAGCCGAGAUCUUUGAGGAAGUUCAGAAAAUAAGGCCAAGGAAUGAACAGAAGGAGAAUGAACUAAUCAUCUCUAUCCUGAGAAACAUGUAUGAAGAAAAACAGAAAGACCACAUUCACCUUGGGGAAGUUAAACAGACCGGGCAGUCCUCUGGAGAAGCCGUGGGAAACGAAAUUCCGAACAACACAACUCGGUUCAAGCUUGACAUGCUCAAGAGCAAAGCCAAGAGGUCGCUUACAGAAUCCUUAGAAAAUAUUUUAUCUCGCGGAAAUAAAAGCAAGAGCCUACAGGAAACUUCUGGAAGUAUUGAUUUGGAUAGCUCCUUAUCCAGCACGCUCAGUACUACAAGUAAAGAAACAUCUGCCGGAGACCAGGAAAACCACUUCCCCUCAGACAGCCCUCUAAAACCCAAUGGAUCGGUGGACAAUCUUGACCUUCUCUCGACCGCAUCCGACGAACCAUCUGAAGAACAUCCUGCCCAAUCAGCCUAUCAGGCCUUCAGAAGGCGAGCUAACACCCUGAGCCACAUGCCGUUGGAAGCCCAGGAAUCGUUUGAAUCUGCUGAAACCUCUCCGUCUGUUUCGCAAAGGAAACUUCUGAGGUAUCAUUCCAUGACCACAGAGACGCCAAACCAGCAAAAGGCUGCUAGCAGCUCUAAGCCUUCUGCCAGUCAGGCCUCACCAGCUGCUGCCCUGCAUCCUCCAGCUCGACUUCCGUCCUCAGCCUCCUCACCCAAUUUCUUCAAGCGCCUUAGGCAUAGCUCAAGCGGAGAACAAGGCAGGCAGGCCAUGCCGAAGAGCAUCUCCUACCGUUCUUCUCUCCAGAGAAAACUUCACACCUCCUCUUCCGUGCCAAAUUUCUUAAAAUUCCUGGCUCCCGUAGAUGAAAAUGUCACGUCUGACUUUAGGAAGUCCACCAGAGAUAACACAUCUAAGUCCAAGGAAGCAGGUUUGGCCCCCGAGACCCCUGUGAAGGUUCGACGACAUUCUUGGAGGCAACAGAUAUUUUUAAGAGUGGCGACACCCCAAAAAGGAUGUGACUCUUCCGGUUGGCAUGAAGAUUAUUCCGAACUGGGAGAAUUGGCUCCUAGAUCACCAUUACAGCCGGUUUGUGAAGACGGUCCUUUCGGAGCAACCAAAGAAGACAGAAAAAAGACAUCCAAGGAGUUGAGGGAACUUUGGCAAAAAGCUAUUAUCCAGCAGAUAAUCCUACUCAGGAUGGAAAAGGAAAACCAGAAACUGCAAGCUUCUGAAAACGAUCUGCUAAAUAAGCGCCUGAAGCUUGAUUACGAAGAAAUGACUCCAUAUCUCAAAGAAGUAAUCUCCGUCUGGGAUAAAAUGCUGAACACGCCAGGAAGGUCAAAGAUCAAGUUUGACAUGGAAAAAAUACACUCCGCUGUUGAGAAAGGAGUUCCUCGGCAACAACGGGGUGAGAUAUGGAAGUUUUUAGCAGAGGUGCACCAACUCAAGCACCCGUUUCCGACGAAGCAGCAGCCAAAGGACACUCCGUACAAAGAACUCUUAAAACAACUGACUUCCCAGCAGCAUGCAAUUCUGAUCGAUUUAGGGCGCACUUUUCCGACCCAUCCCUACUUCUCAUCCCAACUUGGAGCUGGCCAGCUCUCCCUCUAUAAUAUCCUGAAGGCCUACUCCCUCCUGGAUCAAGAAGUAGGCUAUUGCCAAGGCCUCAGUUUUGUGGCCGGAGUGUUGUUACUACACAUGAGCGAAGAAGAAGCCUUCGAGAUGCUGAAGUUCCUGAUGUUUGAUAUGGGCCUUCGGAAGCAAUAUCUACCGGUCAUGAUUCUCCAGAUCCAGAUGUAUCAGCUCUCUCGACUCCUUCACGAUUACCACAGAGAUCUGUACGAUCACUUUGAAGCCAAUGAGAUCAGCCCCAGCCUCUACGCUGCCCCGUGGUUUCUGACCUUGUUUGCGUCUCAGUUUCCCCUGGGGUUUGUCGCUCGGGUGUUCGACUUGAUGUUUCUCCAAGGACCAGACGUUAUAUUUAAAGUGGCUUUAAGUCUUUUGGGAAGCCAUAAGCCUUUGAUUCUGCAGCAUGAAAACCUGGAAACAAUUGUCGACUUCAUUAAAAGUAUUCUUCCCAAUCUGGGCUUGGUACAGAUGGAAAAAACCAUUAACCAGGUAUUUGAGAUGGAUAUUUCCAGACAGCUCCAAGCUUAUGAAGUUGAAUACCAUGUACUUCAGGAUGAAUUAAUCGAUUCUUCUCUCGAUGACAAUCAAAGGAUGGAUAAACUGGAGAAGGCCAACAGUAACUUACGGAAGCAAAACUUCGAUCUCCUUGAGGAGCUCCAGGUGGCUAAUGGGAAGAUCCAAAACCUGCAAGCCAUGGUUGAAGUUCUGCUUAAUAACGAAGGCAAAUUGAACCAGACCAUCGUCACUCUGGAACGGGAGAGGAAAGGAUUGUUAGAAACUCUGAAGGAAUUCCACACGCAGCCAGCAAACUCCGGUGGGAAAACUUGUCCCUCCGAGCAAGGACGCACAAAUGCCACUAACUGAGAAUUUAAAGCUCAGCGUAGGAGGAACUCUUCGAAUUGUCCGUAUCGCCCAUGCCUUACCUGUUCUUCGUCUUCCUUUUUUCUCGAAUCAUGUUGCACACAGGAGGAAAAUGUUACAGUGCUUACUCAACGUGGAAGAUCUUGCUCGUCUACGUCCCAAAUUCUUUCAAAUAAUACAUAGACGGAGUACAACCACAGAAUAAUCUUUAAGCUUUACUACAAGUCGACGCAUUUCCCACCUGGUUGUAAACUUCUGGAGUUCUUCACCUACCUACAGUAACCGCUUCUAAGAGUUUCGCCGUAGUUAACACUGAAAGCGUUUAGGGAAAUUCCAGGCUGCAAACUUCUCAAGGAACUUCAGUUUUAGAAACAUGCUGGAGUGAUUUCUUUCCCAUUUAAGGGGCUAAGGUGUAUUCAUUUAUGACUGAAUUUCUUUCUCCGAAAGUGGGUUCUGCUUACUCACAGUGUGUUUUUAAAACUUGCCGGGGGGAUACCGACUUCGUGAAACAACAAAGAAGCCAAACAUCAUCCUAUAAUUUUGGGGACUACUCUUAGUUGUUGCCAAUGUAAUAAAUAUGGAUUUUUUGUUAUUUUUAAUCUAAUGUUGUAGCAUGGUUGAAUGCUUUGAGAUCAGGGUUCAGGAGAUAUCUUUCCUAUCUCUCUGUAUUGGCAGAAUCCGAAGCUUACAUAUCUUUAUAGUUGACUAUGCCUUAAGAUGUUGUUUUAUUUAUUUUUGAUUCAUUGUGCCACAAGCCUUUGUUUUCUGAACGCAGAGCUAGUCGUUUCCCGUUUUAAUUCCAGCAGCUCAGUCAGAUAUCAAGCAAGUUGUAGGUCGAUAACACUUCAAACAUCACCGUUAAAAAUUCCGGAGCCACUUAGAAAUGAAAGAUAUUCGGUAUACGUGUUGCACUUAGAAGUACAUUACACUGAACAAGAUUAUGGUUUUAAAACAGUUUUAUUUUUUUAAAAAAAAUAGUUUAAUGAUUUUUUUUCAUUAGGCCUGCAGGUAUUGUUGUGCACUUCAGGUAUUUGGCAAAUAUUCGAGGAUUCAUCACAAUUUUAAUCAGAAUGAUUGGUUACGAUCACAUUUUGUUCAAACAUAUGUGCACGUUUGUGAUUUUAAAAGUUUUAACUUAGUUACGUAAUGAUGAUGAGUUUCGCUGAGUGGUUUGCCACUGAUUGAAGUAAAUCUGCACUUUGAGGGGGUAUCUGCACUACAAGUGUAAAUUGAUUUAAUAACUGUUUCAUCCUGUGGGGGGGCGGGAACAGUUCAAUUUUUAGGGCAUAAUGGUCUCUGAAAGAUAAUUUUAAAUAUCCUUGUCAAAUUAAUUCAUUUGACCCUUGAAAGAAAAGCAUAACUAACUAACAGGUCUCCCUUACCUGAUGUAGUGUGGUUAUUUUUUAAGCAAGAGUUGACUGCAUUAAAUAAACAAUGUUCUUUUUAAAAAAAAAAAAAGUUACACUGGCUCCUUGGAAAAUAACGGUUGAAAUUCAGCACGUGGGGUUUUUUUUUUUUGCAUUGAUAAAUAUUGGAAAUGACAAUCUUAUUGACUUUGCUGUUUGGUUUGAUGUUAGACAUCAUUACCCACAUGUUUAUAUUCUUUUGUUUUUCCAUAAUUAUUUCAUAUUGUCAGCAUCAGACACUUACUGCUGUAUCUAUACACUGUUAGUAUGCCCAACAGCAUUGGAUUUGGACUGACAUGACCCCAUCUGUAAGUUUUUUUAACACUUUAAAAAAAAGCAAUAAACAUCAAAUUCAUGUGUGAUGCUCCAAAAAUCCAGAAAA